AAAUAAUAUAUAAGAAUCAAAUUAGACUAUUUAUUGCCCAUAAAGAAGAAAAUUUAAAAGAAAUCAUAUAAUAGAGAAACUUUAUAAAAAACCAGACAAAAAAAAGCGAAAAAAAAGGAUAAAAAUUGGGCAAAAAAUCAACAAAUAAGGGUUUUUUAAUUUAUACAAUUAUUUGAGUGUAUAGAGAGAAUCCAAUUAACUCCUUUUUUUUUGUAAAAAAUUAAAUUAAUUUUAGUAUUUUAUAAAUCUUUUAUUUUUGUUUAAAAGCAGAUUCCAUUGAUUACUACACUCUGGAGAACAACAUACUAGAAAAACUUAUUGAGAAGGGAUCAUAUUGUCAGUACUCAAGCUCGAGAAACUCAGAAUCCGGUGACUUUAUACUAGAUAGACCUAGUAAAAGAGCGCGAACCUUAUCAUUAACAGACAAUUCUUCUAAUAUGAAACAAGAGAAAAUUAAUUCAGAUUCUAAUAGUAAUUUAUCGUUAAAAAAUGAUAUUGGAAAUCAAAUAGAUAAUGAUUUCGUUAUAUCAGAUAUACAUGAUGAAAAAAAAGAAUUAUUAAAAAAUCAUCCCAUUGAAAAAGAAGAAAUCAUAAGAUUAAUAUUACAGACACUUAAAGAUUUUGGAUACAAGUCUUCUGUAUCUCAUUUAGAACAAGAAUCUGGGUUUUCAGUCGAAUCCACGCAUGUUUUACAAUUUAGGAAAUCUAUCCUUACUGGGGAUUGGAAACACGCAGAAGAACUACUUAGUUUUCUUUAUAUUAAUGAAGAAGUUCCGACGAAUAUUUUAUUUUAUCUCAGACAACAAAAGUUCUUAGAACUUUUAGAAGAGAAGAAGAUGCCAGAGGCGCUUUCAGUUUUGAGAGAAGAACUUAGUCCUCUUGAUUAUAAUAAAGAAAGACUACAUUUUCUUACUAGUUUAAUUAUGUCAUCAUCUGUAAAUGAUCUUAAGAGAAGAGCAUCGUGGGAUGGUGCAAAUGGGAUUUCGCGUCAAAAGCUUCUUAAGCAAAUUUCAAAAUAUAUAUCACCUACUUUAAUGAUUCCAGAAAAAAGACUUAUAAAUCUUUUAAUACAAGCAAAAAAUUAUCAAAUAUCACAAUGUCUAUAUCACACAGAUUCCAAUUUUUCUUCAUUGCUUUCAGAUCAUCAUUGUGAAAAAGAUCAAUUUCCUAAUACCGUUAUCAAAGUUCUUAGAGAUCAUACAGAUGAGGUAUGGUGUACUCGAUUUUCCCACAAUGGAAAAUAUUUAGCAUCUGCUUCAAAAGAUUCUACUGCUAUUAUUUGGAAUCUUCAAACUUAUGAACCUUUAUACAUAUUAAAAGAACAUGAAAAGCCAGUUAUUUAUGUGGAUUGGUCUCCUAAUGAUGAAUUAAUUUUAACAUGUGGUCAAGAUCAUAUGGCAAAAUUGUGGGAAGUUAAGUCUGGCACAUGCAUAAAAACAAUAACACAUCAUAAAGACUUUGUGACAUCAUGUUCUUGGCUUCCUGAUGGAUCAGGAUUCAUUACAGCUAGUUUAGAUAUGGAAGUUAUUUUAUGGAAUAUUGAUGGAAUAAUAAUUCAUCAGUGGAAAGGAUCAAGAGUAUAUGAUCUUGCUGUAACUCCAGAUGGAAAAAAAUUUAUAGCAGGUGGAACAGAAAAAAUGCUUCAUGUCUAUAAUCUUUUAAAUAGAACCCUCGAAUUUAGCUUUCUAAUGCAAAGCGACUUAACUUGUGUUAGUAUUUCAAAAGAUUCAAAGUUUGCAAUAAUUAAUGUAUCAUCACAAGAGGUUUAUCUUUGGGAUUUAGAAAAAAUGCAGGUUGUUAAAAAAUAUGCCGGACAACAUCAGGGCAACUAUAUAAUAAGGUCAUGUUUUGGGGGUGCUCAAGAAAAUUUCAUCCUUAGUGGAAGCGAAGAUUCUCAAGUUUAUGUCUGGCAUAGAGAAAAUGGUUCUUUAAUUGAAACUCUCAAAAGUCAUAAGGGUACUGUAAAUUCGGUUUCAUGGAGUCCAAUUAACCCUGUAAUGUUUGCAUCUGCUGGCGACGAUCAUACCGUUAGAAUAUGGGCUAAAUCUUCUACCUUGUCAAAAGACAAAGUUUAUGAUGACAUACUUUUAGAUUAAUUUAAAGGAAACUGAAG